CCCCCCUCAGGGCUGCCACCGAGCAGGGAAGAAACACGGCCACACCCGAGGCUGACACAGGCAACCAAGGCAGGGUCCCCAACCCUGGGCUUAGGUCAUUUCAGCAGGAAAAGCCCCUCGCAUGAGUGAGGGAGCCCCCAAGAAAAGCCCCCCGGACCCGCAACACAGCCGAGAUGGGGUGCCCAAGGAAAACGCUCCCCCAUGGUUGACACAGGCGCCCAUGGCGGUGUCCUCAGAGUGGAGCCACUUUCCCAGGGAACCCUACCACACACCCGACAGAGAACACCUCAGAAAAGACACUUUCUGAGGAAAAAGGACACUUUCCCGGGCGAAAUUAAAGCAUCCAGGGAAAAACUGCCCCACUCACAGUCCUGAAGUCCUGACCUUGCCAGAGGAGGGGCGGCAGCACCUCUCAAAAUGGCAGUGAAGUUGUGGCGCCUCCCCACUGUUGUAACUUUCUAGAAACUUGCCUUUUGGGAGUUAUGGGAAACGUGCCCCCUCGCGUGCUUGGGAGUGAUGCUCAUGGGGAGGCGUCUCACCAGAAGCACCAAUCCGGAAAGGCUCAAGGCGGAUGGAAGGAAGGGAAGCUGACCGCUAUCGCGUGACCUGCCCCAGCCUAACACUGGGAACCUGUGUGGGGCGCCAGAGUCCGGAAGAGAAGUUUUGCGCUCAGCAGGACCGCUGGCGCCAGCGGGAGAACCAGGAAGCGCAGCUCUCCCCUUAGCUGACUCUCUGGUGCUCUCUACAGGUGGCCUUCACUAUCAACUGCACAGCGGGCAGAGGCAGAGGAACACAGAACCUUCUCACACAGCGGGAUAAAAGGGUGAAUUUGGAGCUGACAGGCAAAUAUAUCUUGUGAUAUAUUUCUCUGGCUUUGAUAUCAGGAUGCAGGCUUCUCCACUUCAAACGAGUCAACCAACUCCACCUGAGGAACUUCAUGCUGCUGCCUAUGUGUUUACAAAUGAUGGGCAGCAAAUGAGGAGUGAUGAAGUAAAUCUGGUUGCAACAGGGCAUCAAAGCAAAAAGAAGCAUUCCAGAAAAUCCAAGAGACACUCUUCAUCUAAGAGAAGGAAGAGUAUGUCCUCGUGGUUAGACAAACAGGAAGAUGCUGCAGUCACUCACAGCAUUCGUGAAGAGAGGAUAAAUAACGGCCAACCAGCAGCUGAUAACGUCUUGUCAACUGCUCCACCAUGGCCUGGUAAUAUGGCAGCAGCAGGAAUUUCAUCCAUAAGUAUGAGAGAUCUGUAUGCUACCAUCGCUCACAAUAUCCGUGAAGAGAGGAUGGAAAAUGGCCAAUCUCGAACUGAUAAAGUCUUGUCAACUGCUCCACCACAGCUUGUUCAUAUGGCUGCAGCUGGUAUUCCAUCCAUGAGUACCAGGGAUCUGCAUUCUACCGUCACUCACAAUAUCCAUGAAGAGAGAAUGGAAAAUGGCCAACCCCAACCUGAUAACGUCUUGUCAACUGGUCCCACAGGGCUUAUUAAUAUGGCAGCAACUCCUAUUCCAGCCAUGAGUGCCAGAGAUCUCUAUGCUACAGUCACUCACAAUGUCUGUGAACAGAAGAUGGAAAAUGUCCAACCAGCACCUGAUAACGUGUUGUUGACUCUUCGACCACGGCGUAUUAAUAUGACAGACACUGGUAUUUCACCCAUGAGUACCAGGGAUCCAUAUGCUACCAUCACUUACAAUGUCCCUGAGGAGAAGAUGGAAAAGGGCCAACCCCAACCUGAUAACAUCUUGUCAACUGCUUCAACAGGGCUUAUUAAUGUGGCAGGAGCUGGUACUCCAGCCAUCAGCACCAAUGGCCUGUAUUCCACCGUCCCUCACAACGUCUGUGAAGAGAAGAUGGAAAAUGACCAACCGCAACCUAAUAACGUAUUGUCAACUGUUCAACCAGUGAUUAUUUAUUUGACAGCAACUGGUAUUCCGGGCAUGAAUACCAGGGAUCAGUAUGCUACCAUCACUCACAAUGUCUGUGAAGAGAGAGUGGUAAAUAACCAACCACUACCUAGUAACGCCUUGUCAACUGUUCUACCAGGGCUUGCUUAUUUGGCAACAGCUGAUAUGCCAGCCAUGAGUACCAGGGAUCAGCAUGCUACCAUCAUUCACAAUCUGCGUGAAGAGAAGAAAGAUAACAGCCAACCAACCCCUGAUAACGUCUUGUCAGCUGUUACACCAGAGCUUAUUAACUUGGCAGGAGCUGGUAUUCCACCCAUGAGUACCAGGGAUCAGUAUGCUACCGUCAAUCACCAUGUCCAUGAAGCAAGGAUGGAAAAUGGCCGACGAAAACAGGAUAACGUCUUGUCAAAUGUUCUAUCCGGGCUUAUUAAUAUGGCAGGAGCUAGUAUUCCAGCAAUGAGUUCCAGGGAUCUGUAUGCUACCAUUACUCACAGUGUUCGUGAAGAGAAGAUGGAAAGUGGCAAACCCCAAACUGAUAAGGUCAUAUCAAAUGUUGCACCACAGCUUGGUCAUAUGGCUGCAGGUGGUAUUCCAUCCAUGACUACCAAGGAUCUGUAUGCUACCGUCACUCAAAAUGUCCAUGAAGAGAGGAUGGAAAAUAACCAACCACAACCUAGUUAUGACUUGUCAACUGUUCUACCAGGACUUACUUAUUUGACAGCAGCUGGUAUUCCGGCCAUGAGUACCAGGGAUCAGUAUGCUACCGUCACUCACAAUGACCAUGAAGAGAAGAUUAAAAAUGGCCAAGCAGCAUCCGAUAAUGUCUUCUCGACUGUUCCACCAGCACUUAUUAAUAUGGCAGCAACUGGUGUUUCAUCCAUGAGUACCAGGGAUCAGUAUGCUGCAGUCACUCACAACAUCCGUGAAGAGAAGAUAAAUAACAGCCAACCAGCACCUGGUAACAUCUUGUCAACUGCUCCUCCAUGGCUUCGUCAUAUGGCAGCAGCUGGAAUUUCAUCCACGAUUACCAGGGAUCUGUAUGUCACCACCACUCACAAUGUCCAUGAGGAGAAGAUGACAAAUGGCCAACAGGCACCUGAUAACUCCUUGUCAGCGGUUCCACCUGGUUGUAUUAAUCUGUCAGGAGCUGGUAUUUCAUGCAGAAGUACCAGGGAUCUGUAUGCUACUGUCAUUCACGAUAUCCAGGAGGAGGAGAUGGAAAAUGAUCAAACCCCUCCUGAUGGCUUCCUGUCAAAUUCUGAUUCACCAGAGCUGAUAAAUAUGACAGGACAUCGUAUGCCACCCAAUGCAUUGGAUUCUUUCUCUCACGACUUCACAAGUCUCAGCAAAGAUGAGCUGCUUUACAAACCUGAUAGUAAUGAAUUUGCGGUAGGCACCAAAAACUACAGUGUCUCUGCAGGUGACCCACCAGUUACAGCAAUGUCUUCGGUGGAAACUGUGCCAAAUACACCACAAAUAUCUCCUGCCAUGGCAAAGAAAAUUAAUGAUGAUAUAAAAUAUCAAUUAAUGAAAGAAGUUCGAAGGUUUGGGCAAAAUUAUGAAAGAAUUUUCAUUUUGCUUGAAGAGGUACAAGGAUCUAUGAAAGUCAAGAGACAAUUUGUUGAAUUUACCAUCAAGGAAGCAGCAAGGUUUAAAAAAGUUGUCUUAAUUCAGCAACUCGAGAAGGCGCUUAAAGAAAUAGAUUCCCACUGCCAUCUCAGAAAAGUUAAGCACAUGAGAAAAAGAUAAUUGUGUUAGUGCAAAGACCAAGGAGAAACAAGGACAUAUGCUGUAGGAUGGAACAGGUUAUUGCUGAAGCUCCCUAUAAUCCUGAAACGAAGAGAAUUCCCUUCCAGAAGCUACGAAAAAGGGAGCUGUUUAAAUUUAAUAAAUCUCUGUUAGUAAAAGCUG